AUGGGCCUCUCACAAACGCUACUCGUUUACGUGCUGGUGUGCGUCCACCUUGGAGUUUCCCAGCAUUACCUUCGCCUCCGUCCAUCGCCCAGUGAUCACCUCCCCGUGCCCGACUUGAAGGAGGACCCCGACCCGGAGUACGACCCCCGGGAGCAGGACUUGGCCGAGAGGACUCUGAGGAAAAAGCUCGGCAGUAACUUUGACCCCAACUUCAUGUCCAUCAGCUCACCCAUGCUGGUGAACCUCUCCGCGGCAGACAACCAGGUGAAGCUGCAGGGGCCCAUGCCUAACGAGAUUAAAAAGCUGGACCUCACAGAGACCCCCUAUGGAAAGCGGGUAAAAGUGGGCAAGAAAGCCCGCAGGAAAUUUCUGCAGUGGCUGUGGACCUAUACGCACUGCCCAGUGGUGUACACCUGGAAGGAUUUGGGCGUGAGGUUCUGGCCACGUUACAUCAAGGAGGGAAACUGUUUCUCUGAGCGCUCUUGCUCCUUCCCUGAGGGGAUGUCUUGCAAGCCCGUCAAGUCAAUCAACAAGAUUUUCCUCCGGUGGUAUUGUCAAGGGUUUCUAAGACAGAAAUACUGUACGUGGAUACAGGUGCAAUACCCAAUCAUCUCAGAGUGCAAGUGUUCGUGCUGA